AUGACUGGCAUAUACAAAGCUAUCGAGCAAAGGCUGUGGAAGAAGGAUGCCGUGCGAUUGGACAAGAUGUCUGAGGGGGAUGCCCUAUCGGCUCGACCAGCCGAGAUUGAGCGGAGUGUCCAGACUGAGAUUGCGCUUGUUGAAUGCUUUGCAUUUAACGGCUUGCACAGCGACGUAAUAGACUUCACACCAGGGCAUCGAGACAAGAUAGUCAAUCUGUUCCCACUGUCGGAUUUGACACUCGAUGAAACACUCGCACGACUCUCUUUCCUGCGGACGUCAGACCCAUCAAAGAUUGAGGGCAGAAACUACCACUUUAUACAUCUGACCUUCCAUGCUUUGCAAUCAGGAUCCCGGGGAGGGAUAUUUACAACUCGAGGUGGAACGAUAUUGUUUCAUGUCCUGCUAUGGUACGCACUGAUCAGAGUAAAUUGA